UCAACCAAACGUGCGCUCGGGGCUGCUCGUCUGCUUGGCCGUCUCGUGCCGAUUUGGCCAUUCCACGCAGCCACAGUCAUGUUCCGCAGAGGGGUUUCGUGCAAGAAGCCUUUUUGAACGACACGCCGUAGUGGUUGGCAAACUUGGCUAAGAAUAAGGUUAUUCCAACUGCAGCCUGUACACACUUGUGCACAGUUCUCUUUGGCUAAGGCAACAACGUAAAGUGCAAGUAUGCAGCUGCAGGUUAUGAUCCUUCGUUAGAAUCCUGACCGAUUGGCCUGGAGAAGCCUCUUCUGUCACAUUUGAGGAGACUCAAAUACUGUACUUGAUGACUAGCUCAAGUUGAGCAUCACACCACGUGGGAAGAGGUGAUUCUGUGUUCGACUCAGUGUUCGAGGCAAUGCCCUGAAGAUCGGGAAUCGGAAAUCGGUACGUCUAUCGCUGACGCCCCAUUAAGGGCAUAACAAAAUAUCUGAUGAAAGUCGGCUGCCUAUCUUUCAGACAGCCUUAUGCUGGUCUGAUAUUAAAUGGCCUGAAGACGGUGGAGACUCGGUGGAGACCUCUCCUGACUGACUAUCAGAAUUGCAGCCUGGCCAUUCAUGUCGCACAAAGGGAUUGGGAGGAUCUCCAGUGGAGGGACGUCCUGACUCACUCACUGGGAAUGAACGAACCCCAGGUACAGGCCUUACUGGAGGAAGGGGAGAAGUUUGGCAGAGGAGUGAUUGUGGGUUUAGUGGAUGUUGGAGACACAUGGCAAUGCCCUGAAAGUUUGUGUCCGGAUGAAAUGAGAAAGUUGGAAAAUCAAGCUCUCCUGCGUGACCUAGAACAGAAAUACCUCACCACCAUGUCCAAUCCUAGGUGGCUGCUUGAGCCAAUUCAAGCUAGGGGACACAAAGAUGUAUGGAUGGUAGAUAUCCCCGAAGAGCUGAUUCCUUGAAGACCAGUUACAGAAGAGAUGAACUCUUCCAAUAUUCAGAACUAUUGGGAACACAGCAAAAGAAGAACAUGCAAGCAACAGCAUGCAUCAAAAAUAAUACUUUAAUUAUUUUAGCAGUUUUGCUUGAUGUGUAUUCUUACUGUUUUAGUAGAUGUAUGCAACAUAAUAAAGUACCAUUAGCUAGGUAGGGACUUUGCAAAAGUGCUCUCAUGUUAUUGAAAUUAAAUGCACAAAAAAAUCUGUAGUUCAAGUGCAGUUA